AUGGUCAAAGUAGCAAUUGCUGGCGGCACCGGCGACCUUGGUCGGACCAUUGUCGAGGUCAUGGAAAACCAUCCCCACCACCAAGCCAUCAUCCUUUCUCGCAAGCCAAAAGAGCCCGUGGCCGGCGCCCCCGUCCUCGUCGUCGACUACACGGACGUGGCCGCCCUGACGCGCACCCUCGAGGAGAACGGCAUCCACACCGUCAUCUCGGCCCUCGGCUACCACGGCGACUCGCUGGCGACGGCGCAGCUCAACCUCAUCCGCGCGGCGGCGGCGUCGGCGCCCACCAAGCGCUUCGCGCCCAGCGCCUACGCGGUGCGCUACCCGCGGUCGGCGUGCGCCAUGCUGCCCACGCUCAACGACUACUUCGGCGCCAUCGACGCGCUGCGCGCCAGCGGGCUCGAGUGGACCGUCUUCCUCAACGGCCUCUUCCUCGACUACUUUUCCCACCCGCACGCGCGCUCGUACCUCAAGCCGCUCUGCUUCGCCAUCGACUUGGCCAGCUGCAAGGCCGCCAUCCCCGGCGACGGCGAGCAGAAGGUGACGUUUACCUACACCUUUGACGUGGCGAGGUUUGUGGUCGCGGCGCUGGAUUUGGAGGUGUGGGAGGAGGAGAGUUGCAUUGCGGGCGAUACGGUGACCUGGAAUGAAUUUGUGAGGAUGGCGGAGGAGGUUAGGGGCACCAAGUUCAACGUCGUGUACGAUGACGUGGAGAAGCUUAAGCGCGGCGAGCUCACGGAGCUUCCGGGCCACGUUGCCACCUACGGCUCCUUUCCGAAGGAGUUAUUUCAGGGGUUCAUGUCCAUGUUUGAGCAGUUUACUACGGACGAGAAGAUCAGCGUCGUUCCGCCAGAGUUGAACAAGAAGUUUCCCGAGAUCAAGCCGUUGACGGUCAGGGAGAUGCUGAAACAGUAUUGGGCUGACAAAUGA